CCCUCCUGAAAGGGAAGGACUGCCAUAUGAAACUAGCAAGCAUAAUUAACAGCUUCUUCGUUCCACGACCAAGAGCAAAACAUGUUCUGUGGAGAGAACACCUUUUGAUCACUGUACUGAUCAUAAUACAAAGAGCUAAUUAACCAAUGAUGUAUUGCUGUCAGCCACAUGAAUGUUAUCCGAUUUAAGUAUUGUAUACUCCUGUAGCUAAAAGAUAUAAAAACCCUGUAACAACAAUAAACUUUGCUUCUUGCGCCACCAGAGCCUAAGCCCGUCUGUCCCAGGCGUCUUGAGCUGGUCUCCGUCAUUUGGUGCCGAAACCCGGGAAUCUCGGACUCCAUAUGACAAAGGCGUCGCUUCCUCCCACGAGCCGCAGUUGGUAAGUUGAAAUAGGGAGGUAAGGACUAGGGAAUUGGACAGAUUGUUAAAUAAAAUGGGACAAGCUGCAAGUACAGAACGAGGCAUUUUUUCUGCAAUGCUGAAAUCAUUAUUAGUUGCCCGAGGAGUAAAAGUAACUCGGAGUCAGAUUAGUAGUUUUUUAGAUUUUAUAGAGGAAGUAUGCCCCUGGUUUCCCAGGGAUGGAACUAUUAAUAUUGAAACUUGGAAUAAAGUAGGUGAAAGACUCCAGGGCUAUUAUGCUGUGCAUGGUCCUGAGAAGGUACCUAUUGAUACUUUUACACUUUGGACUCUAAUAAAAGAAUGUCUCAGAGGAGACACGGGAGAUGAGAAGUGGCAGCGGACCACUCGCUCAACAGAAAAGUUAUAUCCUGCCUUGUCGCGAUCAAAAUCUCUUGAUCAUAUCCCUUUGUCUAUGCCAUCAGCACCCCCACCCUCCCCUCCCCAAUAUAAGCAACCUUUGAUUUGUAAAUUAGCAAACGACUUGCCGCCUUGUAAACCUCCUGGCACUAACAUAAAAAAGGAUAUUUUACCCCCUGAUGAUUGGGGAGAAUUAGAAAAAGAGGCUGCUGAAUAUCACCAUAAGGAUUUAGCAGCUGUAUUCCCAGCAUUACAGGUUGCUAAUGCCGCUGUGCAGACACAACAGACAGUCAAUCAGGCUCGAUCAGAUCCCCUUGCUGUUUCACCUGCCUUUCGAGCAGGGCGAAUGCCUCCCCCGCCUGGAGUAGAUGCUUUGCUUAUGCAACAAUACCCUAUGCAAUUAGCAUUAAAAGAAGCUAGGAAAGCUGGGGAGACAAUUUAUGAUUUUUCUGGGCACGUUUUUCCCGUGAUACAGAGCCAACAAGCAAAUGGAAACACAGUAAAUGAUUAUGAGCCUAUUCCUUUUAAACAACUGAAAGAGCUUAAAGCUGCUAAUAUUCUUCCCCCUUCUGACUGGAAAAGCUUGGCAAAGGCUGUGUUAAGUGGAGGUGAAUAUUUGCUUUGGACUUCCGAAUACGCGGAACGGUUCUUCUUGUGCCCCUUUAUUACCAGUUCCUCAUUUUGGAGUGAACCCCAGAGGAUUAAUGCCUAAUGAUUUAUGGCAGAUGGAUAUCACGCAUGUACCUUCUUUUGGAAAAUCUUCUUAUGUCCAUGUAACAAUUGACACUUUCUCUCACUUUGCAGUAGCCCUCAGACUUGUCUGGUGAAAAACUCUCUCAUGUAUGCAACCAUCUUUUGCAUUGUUUUAGCGUUAUGGGAACACCGAAAUCAUUAAAAACCGAUAACAAGCCAGCUUAUACGAAACCUCACCACGGUGGAUACUGGAGAGAUAUGUCCGUCAUGCUGAAUAACAAAGAUGGGAGAACUGCGAAGGAAGAUGCAGAGACUGACUCUAACCCAGACGAAUCCAUUGUGUGAACAAAUUAUAAUGCAGCAAGAUUGGGAUACCAAUGUUUCAACAGGAAUUCAUUGGGCUCUGAAUUUUCUCUAUAUAGAUUUAGCUAAGGGGACAAGAGGUUCUGGAACACCUCCCUUAAAUUUUCCUUUAUGUCAAAGCACAAUCACUCCAAAAACAGAAUUUGCACCUUUAUGGAGAGCAUGUCGAGCUAACGAAACAGUGUGCAUUGAUUCCACUAUCUGUGAUUGGAAUAUGAUAGGAAAUCAAGGGCGACCAAUUAAUUUGGUCCAUUAAUCAAUUAAUCCAAUUAAUUGGUCCAAUUAAUCCAUUGACUUGGAUUCAAAUAAAUAAUAAAUGGGCAAUGACUGCAGAGAGUUAUACAACUGAGUUUUAUAUGCGAGCUUGUGUUCCAGAACCUUAUGCCUUUUUAAGCGGACCGCUAAAUAUUGUGAAUAGCAUAGUGAGUUGUACCGAUUGUGUGAUCUCUAAUUGUCUUAAUAGUAGCAGUAGUUCCUUCUUGUUAGUAUAGCAACCUGAUUAUGUCUAUCUUCCUGUAAAUUUGACACAUUAUUGGUAUGCUGACAAGGGAAUGGAAAUUCUCCAAGAAGCUUCUUUGCAAUUAAUAGAGAGAUCUAAGCGAAUGGUCGGAUUAAUAAUAGCCGGAAUAGCUGCGCUCAUUGCUGCCAUAGCAGUAACUACAGUAGCUUCUAUUUCUUUAACAACUAGUAUUCAGACAGCAGCUUAUGUUAAUGAAUUAUCAAUUAAUGUAUCUAAAGCUUUACAAAAUCAAGCUACUUGGGAUGAAAAGAUUGAACUGCGUCUCAAUUCCUUAAAGGAUACAGUAGACAUCCUGGGAAGACAGUUACAAAUUAUAGCUACUCGUGAAUCUCUCUUAUGUCAUGCAGAAUACCGAGCUAUCUGUGUGACUCCUGUUGAAUACAAUAAUACCAAAUUCUCUUGGAACAAAAUACAAGAUCAUCUUCAAGGCAUAUGGAAUAAUGCGAACACACCAUUAGAUCUUAGGGAAUUGAGACAGCACAUUCAUGAUAUGAUACAAUCGCACCAUAUAGAUCUUUCAGUAGCAGCUCAAACUACUACAUUUAUAAGCGCUCUAAAAUCUGCAUUUCCGUCCUUCAAAUCAUUUAGAAAUGGAAUUUAUGGGCUGAUAGUCAUUGCCAUAAUGAUAAUAAUAGGAAUUCUUGCUUGUCCAUGCUUGAUGAAAAUGAUAACAAAUAAACUCCAAAAUUUGCAUAUAAAUCUUAAAAAAUUGGAAAUGGAAAACACAAAAAACAAACCACCACCACCCCUGGUCUAAUAAAAUAGAAAAGGGUGGAAUGAGGAAGACUGUUAAGCAAAACAGACCUGGCUGGCCUGAAAGGGUCAAACAGGGAACACGCGGCCCCUCCUGAAAGGGAAGGACUGCCAUGUGAAACUAGCAAGCAUAAUUAACAGCUUCUUCGUUCCAUGACCAAGAGCAGAACAUGUUCUGUGGAGAGAACACCUUUUGAUCACUGUACUGAUCAUAAUGCAAAGAGCUAAUUAACCAAUGAUGUAUUGCUGUCAGCCACAUGAAUGUUAUCCGAUUUAAGUAUUGUAUACUCCUGUAGCUAAAAGAUAUAAAAACCCUGUAACAACAAUAAA